CUUGGGCUCACUGCAGUUUGCUGCUUAAUAAUGCCUGUGACAGAAGGAUUUUUUCCUCCCUGAAGCAUGACAACAUCAUAAUCCCUCGCCACUGGAAAGGAGAGGAAGGAAAAGCGGAAUUGUGGAGAAAAGCGGAAAAGGGUGAUCUUUUGGGACAGCAAAGCCUAUGGGAAGUGCAGGUAGCAGCAUGUUGCCCUGACAGCUGUCUCAGCUUCUCAGACCUUGUCAGCUUGUUGCUAUGCAGCAGGUGCAGCCUUUUCUUUUAUUGAAGCUUUAGUCCAUAAAGGCAACGACAAGCCAAGGCAGUGACUGGCCCUGGAUUAUACAAGUGCAGACACUCCACUGAGUGAGGGUUUCAUCUCAUUAAAACCACUUUUUGGAGCUGGUGGUCUCAGAAGAAAGACCAAGGACUGAAUAAGGUCCCGAUCCGGGAGUCAAACCCAUGCAGGCAGACCCUGACAUCUGCACAGUGUUCCACUGAAGAAUCACCACCAAGAACCAGGCAGCAUUGCCACGAGUCAAGGCUUGCUGAAGGGGCAAUGGCGGGGAGCAAGCAGCUGGAACAAACAAGUAAAAGCAUUGACUCAAGUGCCCACAUGAUCACCACCGCCAGGGUACCUGCUGAUAAGCCAGUACGAAUUGCCUUCAGCCUGAAUGACUCCCCAGAUGAUGCUUCUUCAGAAGACUCCUUCGCUUUGGCAUUUCCAGAACUAGAUCAGCAGCUGCAGCCUCUGCCUCCUUGUCAUGACUCUAAGGAAUCUAUGCAGGUCUACAAACAGCACUGCAAAAUAGCAGAAGAGUACCACGAGGUCAAGAAAGAAAUUGCUCUGCUGGAAGAAAGAAAAAAGGAGCUGAUUGCCAGGCUGGAACAAGUGGAAAAAGAAAGCAUGGAUGCUGCUCAGCUGGCUAAGGAGUAUGCAGAACUGACAGAGGAGAAUCGAACACUGAAGCUGGCCCAGACACAGUGUGUAGAACAACUGGAAAAGCUCAGAAUACAGUACCAAAAAAGACAGGGAUCCUCAUAACUCUCAACAAGCUUAUAUGAGGCAGUAUAAUACAGUUCCUGCGCUGGAAAGAGAUUUUAAAAUAAAGGUCUGUUUAAUAUGUUAUAAUACUUUACUACAGAUACAGAAUAUGUAGAAGUCUAUAUUUGAUUUAAUGCUUGCCAGUCAGUAGCUUAAUAUAAUGGAUAUUUCAUCCAUUAUAUAAUGGAUAUUUUAUUUCAAGUAACAUAAUUGAAGUUAAUCUAUCCCCAUUAUAUGUUCUAGUAGAUCAGGUUUCUUUUCUAAACAUAUUUCUUCCAAUUUAAGAAGAUACGGACACACUAGAAAAUGAUAUAAAUAGUCUCUGUGUUGGGAAUCUGGACCAUACUAAGGCAUACAGCAGGGGCGAUGCUAAUAUAUGGAAUACAUGUAUGUUAAUUUUAGUUUGGUGGAGAUUUUUUUAAUUAUUUUCCUCAUGCCUAAAGUGUUUGGAAGUUAUCUUAAAAUGGAUCUCCUUAUGGGUAAAAAAAAAUCAUGCUUUAUUAGCCCGUAUCUACUCUGAAGUGUUGUAUAAAAUUCAAGAAAUUGCUCAUUAAAAAAUUAAAGUAACACAAUUACUUUUUAUCAAGUGAGUGUAUUGCCAGUAAUAAUUUGCAAGUUAUGAAAUUGAAAGGAAACAGAUGAGAUCAAAUUUUCCUUCCUCAAGCAUAAAGAUAGCUUGUGAGUCUUUUUUUUUGUACUUUUUGGCAUGCAAGAAACGAAAACAUAAUAUGUAAGCGCUACCAUCAUAGUUUCAACUGAGAAUAUGGCAGUACAAGUACCAUAAGGGUAUUUUGUUCUUAUUUUCUGGGCUGUUUUGAAACGUAAGUGGCUAUAAGUAGAGACAGGAGUUCUGUGACAUACAAAUAACCUGGAAUUAAAAUAUUUGUUUUACUUGCUCUAUUUAUCCUUUUAUUUUCCUAGAUCAAUUGAAAAUUGUUUGUUAUACUUCCAUUUCUAUUCAUACAAUAUUUUUUUCAUUAAAAGCAGAUAUAGAAA